AUGGUGGUGGUGAUGAUGGUAAUGGUGGUGCUGAUGAUAGCAAUGAUGGUGCUGAUGAUGGUGGUGAUGAGCCCGGAGGACGGGAACCAAGAUGGCGGCCGCCUAGUCUCCCCCCGGAGGAGCCGACAGCUUGGGGACCCGCUCCUCAGUGCGCCCUCGGAGAAAAGCCAUCGGUCCCUCCCGGCUCCCUGGUCUCCGGCCGCGCUCCGAGCUCACCGGCCUGUGACCGAGCGUCUCUAUCUCUGGCGCGCGGCCCGUGUGGAGUCUGCAACCCAGAGGAUUCCUGCCUCAGAGAAGGAAGGCUCCCAUGUGAUUUCUCCCCGAACCCAGCCCCACCGGAGCGGCCAGGAGAUGUGUAGAGGGGACGACGGCAGCGGGAAUUCCUGUUCUGUGGGUAGGAGAGGACUCCAGACUUCUCGGAACAGCAAACAGGCAUUAGAACGGGAACUCUCGGCCCCAUCCCAGAUCUGGGACACGCCGCCAGUCACCCAGCAGCUGCUCCAGGAGUUUGAAAACCCGCAGACUUUGGAAACAGCUGCUGUUGUGUUUCUCAUGCCCAUAAAUACGGUGGAAGGCCUCCAGCAACAGAACCUGUGGGAAGUCUUUCUGUUUCACAAGGUCUAUUUUAAAAGGCAAAGGUGUUCCUUUGUUGAGUGCUUCUGUUUGCUUCUUCAAGAAAACUCUGAAACUGACAGCAUCCAGGCGGGACGGAGCCAACAGCACGUCCCGCCCGCUGGACUGCAAGCAGACGAUCCUGCGGGAGAAGCUGCGCGUCUCGUUCUUCUCUGGGUUUACUCGUGAAGAUGGCAUCCGCCGGGGGCCCAGGAGGAAGCAGAAGGUACAAGAACAGACACUGGGCAGA